AUGCCUAAUUUUGCUCUUAGACGACAAUACUUAAUAGAGAACAUAAAGGAUAUCAAUGCUGUUGUUGGCAUCUGCUUUCCAAAGUCUGAUAUGGCUGCUGUGUUGGCCAAAUGGUAAGGAAACAAUUACAAUUUUAUUAAUAUAAACUUUAAGUUCAUAUAUUUUUUUAUGUUUUAAUAAAUUUGCUUUAAUUGUAAUAAUAUUGUUUUAGUGUGCUGGACAGCAAGAACGUGAUAGCAUGGAUCAAGCCACGUUCUAAUGUAAAGGAAGAUGAACUUAAUGAUCAAACCUACGAAGAUUAUCUUUUUUACAAGUGCAUUAAGUUGAAGGUCAAGUAUCUAAUUAUACAAAUUAGUUCGGCAAAGGUUUUAGACGCGGAACUGCUUGAUAAGGAUUACUAUUGUGAACUUUACCGGAUCAAGUGCAAUGAUAACUUGUACAACUUCGGGCCUGAAUUCUUAUACGUAGCCGAGACUUCCGGGUCUACUGGGAAGCCAAAGACUGUAUUGGUGACUCGGGACUCUGUGAUGUCAAAUGUAAACUAUUUCCGGUAAGAGUUAUAUUAUUAUUAUUUUGUUUUUAGAUCAACUUGCUUUGGUAAAAUCUACUUUUUGACCGAUCUUAUGAUUGUUAACCUUUACAAACUUAUGAAUAACUUUUACAGUGAUCUAAUGAAAGUGAAUGAAGAAUCUCGGAUAUUCUGGAGCACUACUUUAGGCUUUGAUCCUUGUAUGAUUGAAUUUUUACUGUGGUAUACAUGCAAAUGCGAACUAUAUCUUAUGGAGGACGAACAGAAAGUUCUCAUUAAGGAUAUACUGAUAGCGUCGCAGCCUUUGUUCUUUCAAGUGACUCCAGCUGUUUUAAACUUGUUUGAUGAUUAUUUCAUGAAGGAUUUGUUUUCGACACAAGACAUCGUACAGUAUAUUCUAAUUGGAGGUGACACCUUCCCAGUUGGAGUGGUGAAGCAGUUCUGGCGUGAGGAUGGGCCGCGGAUGUUCAAUUUGUAUGGUAUUACCGAGAUGUCAGUUUGGGCAUCUUGUACAGAGUUUCAUCCAGACGUGUAAGUUAUAUUGAUGUAAAGUAUAUUGACGACAUUGAAAAAGGUAAAUGCAUUUCUUAUAUAAUUUUAAUUUUUAUAAACAAAGCAAUUUCUUGAACUAGUAUUAUAUUUUAAUAUAAUAUCAAAAAAGCUAAUGUUUUUUUAAACUGUUUAAUAGAUUGUAUGCUCUUAUCGUAAUACUUUCAGGGAUACUGUAGCUGAUUGUUCUAAUGCACUGCCAGAUACCAGUUUAGAGUUCACUUCAAAUGGAGUUGUGAUAAAAAGUGAAACUCGAGUUUGUAUUGUUAAUAACGUAAGGACUUUAUAUCAUCAGACUUCAGAUCACUUCCAAGAGGUUACUGUAGAUGGGGUUCAGAAGUAUGUCAUCACUGGAAGGGUAAGCUCACUUUUAUAAGUACAGUAAUUUGGCCAAUUCUUUAAUAUUAUGAUGAUACAGUACUGGUUUUAGGCGAAGAUCCGAGGCGAAGCGAUUAGUCGAGAGGUAGAAGAAUAUGCUCUGAGCCACAGCAAUAUAGAAAGGGCCAGAAUGGUGGUGUUCAAAGAGAUGAUCUUCUUGUUUUUGGUUUCUGAUGAUCCUGCGAUUCCACUAAACUUGGAAGGAUACAAAGUUAGACAGACUUAUUAUUUGGAGGAGUUGCCUCUUACUGUAAACGGUGAGUUUUCAUAACAUAGCAGGUAAUGCUAUACAUUAUUGUUAUUUUAUGUUUGUUUGAGAUACAACACAUUUUACAGUAUAUGAUUGGUAUAGAAAGAGAACUGCAGUUGGAGAGUCUAAACCGAUGUUACUUUUAGGUAAGGUAGAUGACUUGGAGCUGUUAAAAUUCAUACAAGAAGACAACUCUCUAGAAGAAACAGAUAUCCACGAGGUGUUAGAAUACCACCAGUCACUGGAUGAAAGCAGGGCACAUCCCUUCUGGACGUUGGGCUUCAAUUCACAGCAGAUAUUCCAAUUCGUAAGUGCCAUGAACAUCAAGUAUGGGGAGGACAUGGUGGAGCUGCAGAAGAUGUUGUACGACUCGGCUACUACCCUUGGCGACAUUAUGAAGUUGAUAUUCGAAAGACCACCACCACAGUUGGUGAGGACCUUCGAAGAAGCGAGUUACGACUGCGAACUGUUAUGGCAAAGUCCGUUGAGGAGGUGUGUUGAUUCUACUCCAGUACUGUACAAGAAGUAAGUACAGGUUCAACGGUAGCUGUUGGUUGUUGUAAUAUGUUAUAAUGGUAGUAUGUUUUAUCAAAAGGUCAGGGUUCUGCUUGAAGGGAAUUUACUGUAGAUUUCACAGUUUAAAAAUGAACCUUUGCAGUCAAAUCAUAGCUGUCGAUAUGGCCGGAAUAAUAAAAAGUACAUGUGCGGAUGGGAGCAUGUUUUGGGAAUAUAGAGAGAGAGGGAGUCUUCUGAUAUCACCUCUCAUUGUUGGUGGUAUGAUUAUCUAUGGUAAGUAUUUUAAAAACGGGCUAAGUCAGGUAUUACUAUUGGAGAAGACUCUGGCGUAUAUUAACAUAUAUUUGGUUGAUAAGACGUAGUUUUUUGAACUAAACUAAAAUAUGUUUAGGCACAACUAAUGGUCUUCUUGUUAUAAGACGUAUAAACGGCAAAAAGUUGCACGAACGCAAGUUGGAGAAUCCACUAUCUUCAACAUGUGUCUAUCAUAAAGGAUAUUUCUACUUUGUUUGUUAUACCGCCAAGGUGUUUAAACUGCAUGUUCAAACCGGCAACAUCGCCACGUUUAUUAACUUAGGUCACAAUUUGAAGAUACGAAACCCACCAGUCUUUGUGGCCGGUCUUGUGUUGGUACUGCCCUAUGGUGGACCUUUAUACUGCUUCAAAGACAAUGACGACGAAACGUUACUGUGGACAACGCCCAUAAACCGCGACACCAUGUUACCAAUCCAGAUAUGUGAGAUACAGCGCCGCAAGGCAUGUAUCGUCUUCAACUUGACCGGAGAGAUUUGUCUCAUCGACUUGGCCAAUGGCGUUAUGGUAUGUUAUCUAUGAGUUUGCUAAAAUAUGUAAAACACUGUUCACAUUAUUUUAUAAGGAGGUGAUCAUAAUUAAUGGAAAAAUAUGUUGUUUUAGCGAGACAGCCACAGCACAAACACAUCGUUCUCAAUGAGCGCAUGUCUAUGCCCAGAUGCACUUUAUAUUAUCGGGGGUAACAAUCAUCUUUUCAAAGUUUCCGUAGGUAUAAAAGACCGGAGACUAGUUCUAAAUAUUGUUGACGAAGAAAUCAGAGGUGUAAAAGCAAUAUCAGGGCUGACUUACAACAAACAAUUGGACUUACUGCUGUUUAAGAGCGUCAUGCACAAUCAACAAUGUAAGCCUAUACCUAUCUUUUUGUUAGUUUCGAUGUUGUGAUGUAAUGGUAUGGUAGAAUUGUAUCAUAUACAAAAAGAACAUACUAUUCUAUGCAGAUGUAAACCAAAAACGCACGAAAAAGUCUUAAUGUAAUUCAGAAGCUAUAGCUACUAUGACACUAUAUUACUUUCAGACGCUAUCAUUUGUGCAGAGAGAAGAGGAAACCACGUUCAGAUCUUGCAACGAUUACACUUCCCAUCUUUUAAUAACAUUCUCACAUUCGGCAACAUGAUCGUCAUCGGAACAAGGGUGGAUGACGUAAAAGCAUACCAGAUCUCACCAUUAAAACCACCAAAGAAACGAGUCAAGUACAGUGAAAACACGGGUAAUAACCUUACCGGUUGA